AUGCCGAUUUUAAAAGAAAACAGAAGAAUUUCAGCACUUAGAAAAGGAAUAGUGUGCUUAGCAGCAGACAAAAUGCUGACGAAUGACAGAGAGAAUUCGGAAUCUUGUAGUAAUCUAAAUCGCCACACGUUGACAGGAACCAAGGACAAGGUGCGUUCACUGUCUGUGAAUAACCCUCGUAAGAUUGCAUGUGUUGAAACACGGUUCAUCAUUGACCACCGAAGAUUUAGUCAUUCAGACGCCCUUGUAAAGCAUAAAAUCAACUUCCAAGUUAGAAACAGAGGUCUAAUUCUCAAAAACAAUAAUGAUGGGCAAAAAGAAAUGCGACCAAGCAAACUCAAGUGUAAAUCUGCAUCCUCAAAAUCAGCAAAUGACUUUAACUGGGUGCCAAUUCCGUAUGAUGAAAAAAAUGUAGGCAAGCUUAUUGAGGUAUACGGUAAAUCCAACGUUGGAAGAAGAAGUUUUCUUCACCUUCUGCAGUCAUCAGAAAAUCUUUCAUGCAAAGGUCAGCAAUACGCCACCAUCAUGUGCACAAAUUCUGAUUCCUUGAGGUGUUUUACCUUUGAGAAAAAAGAUGCUCUUUACGAAACAACGUCGAGUGAGGACGAAGAGGCAGACGCUUGUAUCGUCAUGUUCGCUGUUUCGGACAAAGCUUCAUUUCAGUUCGCGAAACUCUGCGUCCAGAACAUCAGGAAGAGUCAUCGAGAGAACAUUCCUAUAUUUCUUGUGGCAAACAAAUCAGACAUGAUUCGGUAUCGCAAGGUAUCAACAAAUGAAGCCAUACGAGUAGCUGAUAUUCACAACUGCCAGUAUUUCGAAACUUCUCUUACGAUGAAGUACAAUUUGGACGAACUGUUCAGAGAAAUCAUUAAGCAGGUAGACGAAUCUGUGGCAGAGACACAGAAACAAUGUUUCCAUGGAUUUGUCAACGCUGUCCGACGUAGACUUCAGCGUGCUUUCACAAGAUAAGAAACGCUGCGUGCUCUCAAGUGUGAUAAUUGCUGACCAAGUCAAUUGAAAACCAAAAACGAAAAAAUAUUAACACUCUUAUACAAUGUGGAAAUAUCAAUAAAUGAUGAAAAACUGGUGUACAAUGAUCCUUUUUAAUAUAUGUAUCUUAAAGUUAAAACAUGUAUUUUGUUAUUAAAAGAAACUACUUCAUUAAAAUGGUGACCAUAUCAUACUAGCGCAGUCGUAAAAUUAACGGCCGCAAAUAAAAUGUCUUUAAUAAGUGGAUUUUAACAUUGAACGAGCUAUAAGAGUAAUUUGUGACAGAAAAUAAAUCAUUCCAUGCUAUAGUGAAACAUUUUUUUUUUAUUAAAAGAAACAUAUUUUUAAAAUCAAAUAUAUUUUUCUUUACUGGAAAGAAAUGACACAAUUAAUGUUACUUUUGAUGCAUCUUUGAGAAAUCAAUUAUGGUUUGCACAUAAUAUCAGGACGUCCUAAAGAGGUUC